AUUUUUUUUCUUUCUGAAAUUCUUUCUUUCUUUCUGGAUUUCUUUCUUUAGAGUAAAACCUCAUCAAACAAUUUCAGCCAUAGCAAAGAUUAAUCAAAAAUGGACAAUCACUGAUCAUAAUACUGUUGUCAUAAUAAAUUUGUCCAGUUUAUGAAAAAAUGGCAAUGAGCAGUUUGGAAGCCGAAAGAGUCGAUUCUUAUUGGAGAGCUGAAACAAAUGAUACGACUCAAUUUAAAAAAAAUUCCCAUCACUAUAAUCAAGCACUGAAAAAACUGACCCCACUCUCCCCUACACAGUGACUCAGAGUUUAUAUAAUAUCAUCUGCAGAGAGUAAUUAUCAAGUAAACUUAAUAAGCAAAUAGCCUGACAUGUGCAAUAAUAUUAUGUUCAUGAUAUAUAAUUAUAUAAAUUCUUAUAAAUAAGAAUAUUAUGUUCAUAAGCUGAACUUCAUAUGCCUUUGAAAUCAAAUGAAACAUGCUCUGGUGUGUUUGCGUACUGACUUCACCCUGGAGUUAAAGCAAGUGGUGCAAUAGUUGUUUAUUGUCCAGCAGAUGUCAGUGUAGAUCUUGGUGUCAAACGCUUUGAUGCUAUGAAUCAGGAAACAGGUUUUCUUGGGAAACUACUGUCUUAAUCGACACUAGAGUGAAAAAUACAAUCAGAAGUCCAAUUACUACAGUCUGCUCUUGACCUGAAUUUAGUGGCUACUCACAAAUUCAGACAAAAGUAAUUGAGAGCCAUCGAUUAGCCAAAGUGUGAAACAUGAACUAGCACUGGCUUUAAUGGUUCGUCAUGGUUACAGCUCUCUGUUACCUGAGAAUUAAAUGCAAUCACUAUAUUUAAUUAAUCAUUCAGGUCUAGAAAUAUUUUUUUGCAUAUUUCUAACAAGAGAACUUUAAAUAAAAUGAUUUCUUUUAGAUCCUUAUGGAAAUCAGAAUGGAAAUUAGGACUGGCCCACUGGACUAAAAGCACUGAAAAAACAUUGUUGCUGUCAUGUGAGAAAGAUGUUUUGCAUGAAAGCUAAUCUCUAACAUACAGCGCGAUAAGAAGAAUCUCUUGCCAGAGAUUGGAAGAAGCUCCGAGGCCACAGAGUUACUUCUUUUGUCUUCUUCAAAUUACCUUCCUACUGGUAAGUAAAAUAAAUUUUAUGUAUGUUGUCAUCCUUAUCAUCCUGGUUAAUAAUUUGUCACUAAGAAUCAUUUUAAUACAGCUCACUAAUAAAGAGCAAUGGUACCUCUGGUCAGCUAAUUAAAUCAAAUUAGAUUUUCAUUUGAAGUCAUAGUAGUACAAUUAAGUUAUUUUUCUGGCCAUUUGGAGGUGUUUGGUAUUUAAAAUUACUUAUGCUCACUUAAUGAGUUUAAAGCAAAUGUAUGGAGAAGAUGGUUCUCAGAUGGUUCUAGUUGUUUCCUUUGAAACGAUGUAAUCCAAAGCACUUGCAGUUGUUUUCUUCUUACACUGGGAUAUUUUGUGCACUAUUUCAAUAAAGCUGCUAAUACAUGGCUCACUUUCUAACUAAGUGUUUUACUUAUUAGUGUCGAGUUGCCCAGUAACACGUCAGACAUGAUGAUGACUCUGUUCCAACUCCUGUUAUUCACAGGUGAAGAACACUACAACUGCAUCUCAGCCCUGCAUAAGUCAAUGAGGGGUUCGGAUGAAAACGCUGCCCUCUACUGGCUGGGCCGGAUGUUGGAGGGAGGUGAGGACCCGCUGUACGUGGCACGCAGGCUGGUGCGCUUUGCUAGCGAGGAUGUAGGUUUGGCCGAUCCCUCUGCGCUCACUCAGGCCGUGUCUGCGUUCCAGGCCUGCCACUUCAUCGGCAUGCCCGAGUGCGAGGUAAUCCUAGCACAGUGUGUGCUCUACCUGGCCAGGGCUCCUAAGUCUGUUGAAGUGUAUAAAGCUUAUAACAAUGUUAAGGCAUGUCUGAGGAACCACAAAGGGCCUUUACCCCCCGUGCCGCUUCACCUCCGCAACGCUCCCACCAAGCUAAUGAAGGAGCUAGGCUACGCUAAAGGCUACAAAUACAACCCGGCAUUCAACGGCCCAGUGGACCAAGAAUAUCUCCCUGAGGAGCUCCGCGGCAUCAACUUUUUCACCUGGACGCCAUCUGACUGAUAAACUCGCACCACUUUUUGUACGUGGGAGUACUGGCUGCUUUAUUUACCCUUUUGCCACUGUUCGUCUGUCUAAUUAAUAAUUACACAGUCUGCACUUAAAUGGCAUGUGCGGUCUUCGUUCAUGACCAGCUUUUGUCACUUAUCAUAUUAAGUUUACUUUUAUUGUUUUUGUAAUUAGCAUACUCUAAAGUUUUUGUAAGUAAUUGUAAUUAACAGACUUUAAUUUAAAAAAAAGACACAUUUUGUUUUCUUGUUGUGCCAUGUUAGUUUCUUUUUCUUACUUUUUUCUGAAUUUAUUUCUUACACUGUCUUUUCUAUG